AAUAACAUAAGUCGUCAAAAAUUGUUAUGCUUAUAAUUAUUAUUUUCUGUGUUGCGAAGUUGUAAAGUUGAUUAACGCGCAUGGCGUUCAAAAUAAUAAUCGUUGCACCGUCGUAAUUCCUUUUUGAAAACUAAAGGGUUUGUUAAAUCAAGUUUAUCCGCUCCUAAGGUUUUUUGGAAGCUCUCGAAAUGCCGUCAGAAUCAAAAAUACCUGCCCAAAUGGAGAAGCCUAAUCAUUACUCUUAUCUAAAAGAGUUCAGAGUGGAACAAUGUCCUCUGUUUUUGCAACACAAAUGUACACAACAUAGACCUUAUACAUGUUUUAAUUGGCAUUUUAUGAAUCAACGGCGUCGUAGACCAGUGAGAAAAAGAGAUGGCACUUUCAAUUAUAGUGCUGAUGAUUAUUGUACGCAAUAUGAUGAAACUACUGGCGUGUGUACCAAAGGAGACGAGUGCCAAUAUUUACAUCGUACGGCUGGUGAUACAGAAAGACGUUACCAUUUGCGGUAUUAUAAAACAUGCAUGUGUGUUCAUGAUACAGAUAGCAGAGGAUUUUGCACAAAGAAUGGGCCUCAUUGUGCAUUUGCCCACGGAAAUCAUGAUCUAAGACCACCGGUAUAUGAUAUUAAUGAGCAAAAGCUAUCAGAAAAUGAUGAUGAUGAAGGUGGUGAGUUAGAUGGACCAAAUGUAUUAGAUAAAGAAAAAAAUUUAAUGAAUGAAGAUCCUAAAUGGCAAGAUACAAAUUAUGUUUUAUCAAAUUAUAAAACGGACCAGUGUCAACGGCCACCUCGUCUCUGUCGUCAAGGAUAUGCAUGUCCUCAAUAUCACAAUAGUAGAGAUAAAAGAAGAAAUCCAAGAAAACAUAAAUAUAGAUCAACUCCUUGUCCUAACGUUAAACAUGGUGAUGAAUGGGGUGAACCUAGUAAUUGUGAAAGUGGUGAUAACUGUGCAUAUUGCCAUACUAGAACUGAACAACAAUUUCAUCCAGAAAUUUAUAAAUCAACUAAAUGCAAUGAUGUACAACAAGCUGGUUAUUGUCCUCGGGGUGUUUUUUGUGCUUUUGCUCAUGUUGACCAGGAAAUGAUUAUUGCUCGUGAAUCAGCUGCAGGAUUAGAAUCAUCUACAGAUAUAGCAGAUAUGUUAUCAAAUGCUGUACCAUCUUUAGGAACAGAAUGUACGAGAUCUCCGGUUAAAAAAUUAGAUGGGGAAAAAAAUAGUUUAUCGAAUGGAAGUGGUGACCUUUCUGAAUGCACAUCUAGUAUUGGGUCACCCAAUAAAGCUCCUGGUGCCCAUUUGUCUAGAUCUGAAUUUAAUGUUCAACAAUACCAAAUAGCACAUGAUGAUACAAUUCAAGCUUUACUAAAUUCAUUUGAUUCUCAAUCGCUAUUACCUAAUGUAGAACCACAGAGAAGACAUAGUUCCAUUUUUGGCCCAGUUGUAUCAAAUGGCAAUGGUAAUUCUUCAACAUUUAUGAAUCAUUUUUCAUCUUACCAACCAACAACAACAAUAAAUGGAAAUUUAGAUGACUUGGUAAUGGAAGAUAAUUUAAAUUUUUCUAUGGAUCAAGAACACGAAUCUCCUAUUUUAAGUAAUCCUCUAUCUUCAAGCUUACAGGCCUCUGAUGUGUUGGGAAGUUCUGCUCCUGUUAACAUUCCGCUCACACGUCACAAUAGCAUUGGUCAUUUUUCUCCAACAAUAGCUUCACCGUUGAAACAAAUGCAAAAUAAUAUGAUUCAAAAAUCUAGGUUUAAUCAACAGGAUGGUUUAGGGCAUUUAAAUAUAGUUACUGGUCACAAUUAUGGUUCUAGUUUGUUCGGUAUUGGAUCACCUGGAACUGCAAAUACAUUUCCAAUUAGUCCUUCAAAUUCUAAUGAAGUUCAAAGGUUGCAAGAAGAAUUAUUAAAUUGUAGAUCAAAGUUAGUUAGUUGGGAAUCAGAAAGAUUAUCGCAAGUAAGAUGUACGUAUGAAGCAUGGCAACGAGAGACUGAUGAAUUAAAAACAAAAUUAAAAAUUGCUGAACAACAAAGAGAUGAAGCUAUUAAUCAAGCAAAAGCAUUACAACAAGAAGUAGAUUUAUUGCAAGGUUCUCCAUAUCUUCAUGGAUUACGUAGGGUUUCUGAAAUUAGGAAUUUGUCAUUAUCUGUAUUAAAAUCAUUACAGAGUCAAAUGAGAAAUGAUCUUGAAGAAAUUGAUAAGGUGUUAUAUCUUCAAACUGCUACAAAAUGUAUGUUAUGUGAAGAACGCAAUAGAAGCGUGACAUUAGGCCCUUGUAAUCACUUUGUUUUGUGUAAUCAGUGUGUGGAUUCUAUUAAAGAUUGUCCUUAUUGUUCAACUCCUAUUUUGUCUCACACUAAUACAUCAACAACACAGGCAUAGAUGUAGAUUUGUUUUUAAGUAAAUCAAAAACACUUAUUAAUCAAGAAUAAUUAACUUAAAAACUAUAUAUUAAAAGAAGAAAAGAAGUACAGUAUAAAAAAAUAUUACAAGUUUUAUUUUAUUUAGACUUUUACGCUAUUGUAUUUACUAUUACAAUGUAUUACAUUAUGUUUAGUAUUUACAAUAUUAAUUUGAAUGUAUUUUUUAAAUAUAUUUUUUGGUUUUUUUUUCCAGAAAUUAUUUUAAAUUAUACAUUGUUCUAUUAUAAUAGGCAGCAUACUUUAAGUAUGUGAUGUGGAUAACAUAAUAUUACAAGCACAUAAUAUGCAAUAGUUCAAUACAUUUAUAAAUUAUAAUUAAUAAAAAUCGAAAAAAAAAAUAUUUAUUUUAGAAGUUUUAAUAUAUUUUCCAACUUUUUCUUCUUUUUCAAUUUAAUUUUAAUUUAGUUGUAUAACAAAAUAUGAUGGUUCUUACAUGCUACUCAAAUUUUCUUUAGACUUUAAAUAA